UUUUCCUCCUCUCUGCCUUUUUUUUCCGUUUCUCGUCUUCCUCAUAGGCUGCUGCUGCUGCUGCUGUGAUGGGGAGAGCGCCCUGCUGCGAGAAAGUUGGGCUGAAGAAAGGGAGAUGGACGGCCGAAGAAGACCAGAUCUUGACCUCCUACAUUCAGCAGAAUGGCGAGGGCAAAUGGCGCUCCCUCCCCAAAAACGCCGGGCUGUUGAGGUGUGGGAAGAGUUGCAGGCUGAGGUGGAUCAAUUACCUGAGGGCAGACCUGAAGAGAGGCAACAUCAGCAAGGAGGAAGAAGAAACCAUCGUUAAGCUCCACAAGUCUCUUGGCAAUAGGUAUUAUUCAAUAUUGUGGUCAGUGAUAGCGGCCCAAUUACCGGGAAGAACGGACAACGAGAUCAAAAACUACUGGAACUCUCAUUUGAGCCGCAAGAUCUUCACCUUCCGCCGCUCUUCCUCCUUCGAUUCCUCCGCCUCAUCCACCGCCUCCUCCACCUGCUCUUCUACCGCCGACGAUGGGCAGCCGAACGUCAGCGGCAGCGCUAUAUCCGUCUCCGCCGCGGCGCGCAGCAGCAGAAAGCGCAAAAAGGCAUUAUCAUCGUCGGGAAAAUUAGAGAGCCCUGUCCCCAAGAAAGACGAGAAAACUGCAGAUCCCCUGAGCGGGAUCACUACCUCCGCCGGGGAGCAGGGGAGCGAAGGUGAUGGCGGCUUGGAUUUGGGUUUGGACGGUGGAGAAUUGAUGAUGGAAUUGGAUGAAAACGUGGGUAUUGUUGCGGGAGAAGGAGAUGGGGAUGGGGUUUUGGGACCGUAUGAAUGGCUGGAUAGUGAAAUGAAUCGGCUUAAAUGCAAGCUCCAUCAUCGCACUGAAGAUGGAGAAGGAAAUGGAGAACAGGGGAAAGAGACUGCACCAGCAGCGGAUCAGGCAAGUUGGGGCUUGGAGAACGGUGGAGUUGGUGCAAUGAUGGCGGUGGAGAGUGUGAGUAACAGAGGCAUUGAUAGCAGUAGCAGCAGCACGACUAGUAACAGUAAUAACUGUAUCUGCGAACAUCAUGGUCAAGGGGAGGAGAAGGAAGGGGAAGAAUGGCUGGACUGGGACCAGAUUACUGGAGGGGACGAGCUUCAGAACAUUCAUUGGGAUGAAGAAGACAGCAGCAUUUUGUCUUGGCUCUUGGAUGGUAAUGAACAGCUGCAAUAGAAAGGGAUGAAGGAAGGAGUGGAUGGGGAAACGAAUUGGAUUGGCUUAUCUGGUUUGUUAACUCGAUCAUCUUUAUGAGUUUUUAUAUCUAUGUUUGAUUACCCUAGUUCUUAUGUUUAAUUAUGUGUACAGUGAGAGACCAUAGAGGUCUGAUUAGUUGGUGUUUGAAUGAAUCUCUCUGAGGAGGAAAAAAAAAGGGUACUUUUUUCCACGUUUCAAAGAGGAACGGAAUCAAAUUGCUGCAGUUUUUGGUCUCUUCUUAUUCGUAAUUUGAUUGCUGUUUUUGACAACCCUUUGAAGCUUUUCUAUGCUAUAGCCACAGAGCAUGAUUCUUUAGAGCCCUGUUAGGUUUGUUGAAUUGAUCUCUCUGCAAAAGGAAUGAAAUGGCUGCAGAUUUUGCCUCCUUUUUCCUAAUCUUCAA